AUGAAGGUCUCCGCCGUCACCAUGUCUGUCCUCAUAGGUCUGGUUGCCAGCCAUCCCCUCAUUAGCAACAGCAAGCGACAGGCGACUGAUGUGCUGUCUGUCCCAUCGGGCACGCCUACCGGUCAUCCUCCGGGAUUUCAUUCAGGUUUCCCCUCGGGUGUCCCAUCUGGGUUUCCGUCUGGGUUUCAGUCCGACUUCGUCUCUGGAGUGGCACCAACUGGUGGCUUUCCUUCAGGCGCGCCUGGUCCGCUGCCGUCUGGUGUCUUUUCAGGCUUUCCCUCUGGCGCAGCGCCGUCUGGACCUCCUCCUUCGGGCACUCCUACUUUCAAGGUGGUCCGCCGUGACGACACCACUUCAUUCCCAGCGCCUCCGUCAGGCACCGCUCCUCCCGGCUUCCCGUCUGGCGCCACUCCCACGGGCCCGCCGCCGUCUGGUUUCCCGUCUGGUGUCGCUCCCUUUGGCAUGCCCACUGGCCACUUUCCGUCGGGUCCUGCUCCUACUGGUCCUGCUCCUACUGGCCCUCCGGCAGCUUCCGACACAGCGGCCACUCGCAUCUAA